UUCAGUGUAAAAGUUGCAUUCUACAAAAUGUUUCAAAAUUUUAUUUAUCGUGUUAGAUAAAGUGAAGUGCUACACAGUAUUCCAACAGUAGUUAAAUGGUGUAUAAGGCUGCAUUGACACAAAGUAGUUCCUAUAUUUAAGCCGUCGGAAAUAAACACAAACAUAACUGACUGUGAUUGCUACAGUGGUAUUAAUAGCUAUAUCUUCAAAGAGAGUGGUACUAACCAGACAGAAGGUGUUGAGUUGUGAAGUCCAGGCCGUCAUGAAACUUAUCGCUGUUGGCGUCAUACAUAUACUGCUCCUCAUGCCAUUAUUGAGUAACACAAGGCCGACACCAGAUAUUGCCUUAGAAGAUCAUGCGGACCCUCCACAGUUGGAAGAUAUAUCAAGUGAAACACGAGAAACCCGCUAUAUACCAGAUGAAAACGAACUCAAUGAAGUGAAUAUAGAUAAAGAGGCAAAUCAAGAAUCAUCCAACCCAUCCGAGGCAGAUCAAGAACCCUCUAAUCCAUCAGAGACGGGCUCAAGACUUGGGAAAGACAACGACAACGUCCCAUUCGCAUUCGAUCCAGUAAACGAGUUGUUUAGAAGCCAUAAGGAAAAAUCAGUGCAAAAACACCCAAAAACCAAACACGGAGCUGCUCAAGAGUCAGCUGCUGGGGUCCAGGAUUUAAAGUUGAGUGGAGAACCGUUGCGUGAUGACGAACAGGUGGAAUGUUACAGACAACAAAACAUUGAUCCUCCAAUGGUUGAUGAUGCACCGAGUGUACCAAUUGUAAGCAUACAAGAGAAACAAUCCUCAAAAGAAAACUGUCAGAGGGAACAGCGAAAUUCAAAACCUCUUAUAUACAAGGAAAAAGGAUUCAAGAAGUUGAGGAAUAGAGAAGAUGAUGAUGAAAUCACAUCACUGUACUCAGAUGCGGAGAAAAAACGUAAAGUUGAUAAGCAAACGCUUGUAAAUAGUGUGCCGAAUGAGUUGGAGCAUCUUAAUCCACUUACUGUAUACAAACCGAUCGGAGUGAUACCGGAAUUUCCAGUGUACGAUGAAGACAUUGACUUCCAUCCUGAUCCACUGCAAGGGAUUCUAGAGGAGAAAUACUGGUUGGAUCCGCAAGAACAAGAAGCAGUUAUUAGGAAGUACACAGACCUAGCUAACAAUAUGCAUCCUCCGGAUGGGUAUAAUGUGAAACGUAGUGCUCCUGGUGAAUACGUGCCGAAGAGUGUGGAUUGUAGGUGUGCGUUUAGAGAAGCUAGCCCAAUUAGUAGGGAGUGCCCCUGUGGUGAGAUGGCGGCGUGUGAAGAUUGCUCAAAAGGGAAAUGGAGAAAACAGAACACCAGUGAAGCAGAUGGUGAUGUUGAGUUCCCAGGGAAGUACGGAACAAGACAACUUUUGUCGGUCGAAGGAGAAAUUUACGAUUCUGGAUUGGAGGAAGACGACACAAAGGAUGAAUUAGGAAGUAAUGAAGCAGUUUUACAAAAUGAUUAUGAUGAGUCUGAAAAUCAGUCGUCAGAGGUUUAUGAUUCGGAUGACGAAGAAUCUCAAGUUGAAGGGGGAGUUCCCGGUUUCACAUCGAACUUUUUUGGGAGGAGACUACUCUCUGUUAAAGACGAUGCAAACAAUGAGGAGUACAAUGAAUACGGUGAACAUGAUGUAGUUCAUGAUGAGAUAUUGGAUACCAAUGAUAUUGAAGAAGAUAACCCAGUACAUUUUAUUGAUGAUAUAUCUAGUGACGAAAGGAAAGGUGCACCUAAAAGUAGCUACAGACGUUCAGCUAUGUUCAACGAUGAUCAAGUUAAAGCAAUGAAAAUACUAUUUGGGAAUGAGUUUAAUAGUAGUACAGUAUCGCAGAACUCAUUCAAAAGUGGUUUGUCCGACGACGUAUCUAAAGCAGAAGACUACAUUAAAUCAACAUAUGGACGUAAAAGGGUAAAACCCCAUUCAAUCAAAGAAUUCAAUAUCUUGCAAAAACCUUUUCCAGACAAUUCACAAAAAAGUGUUAAGUACUAUGUUCCAAAUAAAAUUGGCAAUAUUUUACAAAAAGGAGGUGUGAAAAAACCGAAGGAAAAGCCAUCAACAGUCGAACCGGAUCUUCAAUUUGAAACUGACAGAAACGAAACGAUUGCUAAUGUGUCUUUCGCUAUGCAUGACAUAAACGUAUUUGUUACCACUGAAAUGGCUGGAUUGGUGAAGUACGUUAAAAGAAGAGAACAACCUGUCAUAAGAGGAAAAGGUGUAAGAAGCUAUCAACUUCCAUUUAUGAAACACCCACCAGUCAAACCGGUGCAAGAGUCUGACAGUUUGUUGAAUGGCAACGUGCAGGAUGUAAAUAACACUGCAGACUCAAAGUCUGUAAAUUACUCCAUGACACCAGUACCUUCUUUCGAUAGCUCAGUCAAUAUAUCAGAUAUCACUACUUCCAAUAUCAGUAGAACAAAUCCAGCAGACAACACAACCGGCACAAUCAUUGUUGAAAUUACACCAUUGUAUUUUUCUACACCAAACCCAAAGGAAAAAGAAGAAAAUGACGAUGAAGAUAGUUUUGACGCGGAAAUUGCAAACGAUAUCGUAGAAACCGUGAUUGCUGAAUCUCAAAGCGGAUCUGUGGUGGGUCAUAAUUUGGGACUUUACAGAAGAAACGAAACUUUGUCAAAGUACGCUAAGAUAUCUCCAGAAUCAGAACAGCUAUUGAAGAAAGUCACCCAAUGUAUUUUAGACCACAUUCGUGACCAUCUUGAAAGUAAAAGUUGUACUCUGCUUGAUGAAGAACUUCUACAAUUCCUUAAGUGGAUGGUGUUGACAGGCGAGUCGUACAAAGAUUACCUUGCAAGGAUGAAGCCAGAAUUGCGGCAGUUCAAAUAUUCACUUUACGAAGAAGGCCCUCCACCACCUCCUGACCUAGAAAUAAAUACUCAGAUACCUGUAAAUUCAAACAAGUCUGUAAAGAGUUAGCAUUGGUGGAAGAAACCAGAGGUUGUUGAAAAAUAUUUCAUCAAGUCUUUGAUUCAAUACUUGAAUCAAAAUGGUCUUUCUAAAAUAUCCCACGCACUUAGACCUGCGUGCUUCCUAAAUAUUUCUCUUGUACACAUUUUCAAAUUUGAAGUUAGUUAUUUUUCGGACAUUUCAUAUGAUCUGUGUAAAUGAAUUGCGAUUUUCGUCUCCAUGCAAAGGCGAAAUGAACAUUACAUACAUUGUAUGAAAAAACAUUUUAAAUUUUUUGUAAUUAUAAAACUUUUAUCAUGAAA